GGUUCCGGUCUCUGGUUGGGCUCUGGGAGGGUGAGGGAGAUGCUUCGGCUUGCAGUUCUGCGUCACAGUCACACAAGUGCGGCUGCAGGAACCAUGGCUGGAGUGCCUACAGUCUCCUUCUCUGAGCUCCGUUCACUCGUAGCCUCAGGCAGGGCCAGGCUCUUCGACGUUCGAUCUCCAGAGGAGGCAGCAGCUGGUACCAUUCCUGGGGCACUCAACAUCCCUGUGUCUGAAUUGGAAAUCGCCUUGAACAUGGACCCAGCUGCUUUUCAGACUCUGUACUGUGCUGAGAAGCCAAAGCUAGAAGACAAGAAUCUUAUUUUCUUCUGUCAGAUGGGCAGGCGGGGUCUCCAGGCCACACAACUGGCACAAGGUCUUGGCUAUACAGGGGCUCGGAACUAUGCCGGGGCCUAUAAAGAGUGGCUGGAGAAACAGGGCUAGAUAAAAGGCUCACCAGUUUGUGGCUGUUCUCAGACUACCUUGCUGGGCUAGGCAAAUCCUUGUAGUGCUUCACACAUGAAAAACUCAAAUAAAAAGUACACUUAAUGAAG